GCCAUUUUUGUGCUUAGCAAUUAUUUUAAGAUUUAUUUGCAAGUAGUAUUUUGUUAACUGCUUUUGGAGACGUAGCAUAUUUUGCUGCUGCGGAAGGAUACGUCAUAAUAGCUAUAGUUACGUCAUUAUCACAGAGGCGAAAAACGAAGAAGUGUUAAAAAGAUACAGAAGAAAAAUUGACGGGUUUUAGAGAAAAAAAAAACUAGUAAAAAAAUGGAGCAAAGAGAAGAAAAUGAGUUGGAUAAAUUGAGAAAAACAAUUGAAGAACUUCGGGCUAAAGCUGAACGUUCUGCGGGGAAUUCAACCGCCCCAAGCCCGGCAAGCGUGUUUUCUUUCUCGGAGUCAAAAAGCGCGAACACCACGCCGCAUUCUGACCCAACGUAUACAACGUCUGAACAAAACCAUUGGGGUUCCGGUUCGGCGUAUUCGGCACCAGUGCUGUCGUCGGCGCGACAUUUCGAUGCACUCUCGCCUAAUUCGCCGAUUAACAAACGAAUUUCAUCCGGAAGUUUGUCCUCCAUGAGUUCCCACGCAAGUCAUUCAAGCGUGUCAUCUGCAAGUUCGGGAAGCAGCGGCGACAGCGACGGAAAACACAAGAAAAAACGAUGGCUACCGUUAAAAUCUGCAUUCUCAAAAAGCAGUAAGACGUCACAAUCAAACAACUCGGGUCAAGAGUUCACAGAUGCGGACGAUUCAGGGUGUAUGACGUCACCGAAUUCGUCGCGACGUAGCUUCAGAAGCGCGAGCACUGGGAUCGGCGAAUCAGAAGAAUCGAUUUCGUACAAUGAGAUUUUACAAAUAGUUCAAGAAAAAGACAGAAAACUUACAGACGUUCGUUUAGAAGCGCUGACUUCACAACAUCAAUUGCACCAACUUAAAGACCAAAUCGCACAAAUGCAACACGAAAUGCAGCUCCUGCGACUUGAAAACGAACGCCUACAAGCCGGCACCCACGUCAACAAUGGCUACAUUAAUUCCAGUCUUUCACCGUCAUCAUCGUUUCACCUGAAACUCUCCCCUCUAGCGUCCCCCAGCGGCAGGGGGUUUCACUCCCCGUCGUCACCAGAGGCGCUAAGCACAUUUAACCCCUCAGUUUUACAACUCGAUUGUUCAAAACUGUAUCGCGCGGUGUCGCCCGGGAGCGAGGACGAAGGCUCACAAAUACGUUUCGUUGUCGAGACCCCAUAUACCAUAAAGUUUGGCCAAAACAAAAACGAAGACGAUAUUUUAAUCGGUUCUUUACCCGUUGCUCGAAAAACUAACUGGGCUGAAUUAGAUCAGAUGACGGGAGACUUAUUCACGGAAUACUGUAGGUGUGUAGACGGGGACAGUAGACUUGGUCUAUCCAUUGCCAGUAUUGCGUUUUAUAAAGUCGGCGAACAGACAAGGAUACCGGGUUCAAGGCCGCCUGAGCUGCUUCCGUGUGCUUUUAUGGUCGGCGACGUGGACAGUGUGAAAAUUUCGUUAAAAGAUGCCACUUGUGGCUCGGUCGAGCUAAUGGCCUUCCGUAGUCUAGUCCCACGCGACACCUUACAGCGUUACAUUACGAGUUUAAUGCACAAAACAAGGAUAAUGUUACAUGGGCCUUCUGGUACAGGGAAAACCUAUCUAGCGCACAGUCUCGCUCAACACAUGGUGGCGCGCGCACGUCGGCAGAUUACGUCAGCGGAUCCUGUGUUCGUUUAUGACGUAAAACAAAGAGGGGAAGAGGAUUUACAAAUCUACAUUAAGAAAGUGGCCGAAGCUUGUAAAACGUCAGCUUAUUCAACACUACCCUACGUCAUAAUCGUUGAGAACAACCACUUGCUGACGUCACUGACUCAAACUUACGCGCCAAUUGUACAGUUGCCUCAGCAAGCGAAGUGCCCAUAUGUUAUAGGUACAAUACUACAAGGCAAGGCUCAUAGGGCAGAAGAACACAGAGACGAAUUCACUUGGAUUUCGUGCAAAAACAACAGCGCGCACGUGAAGGAUUAUUUAGCGCGAUUUUUAAGGAAAGCGGUGGUCGAAUGUAGAGUCGGGGGUAAAGAAACUCCCAAGGACGAAUUUCAAAACACUUUACGAGUUAUCACGUGGCUGCCUCUCUGCUGGCACCAAGUGAACAGGUGUCUCGAGGCGCAAUGUGCUGCUGACGUCACGAUAGGUCCGCGUGUUUUCGCGUCAUUUCCGGUCGAGUUUUACUCUUCAUGCACGUGGUUUGUACAAGUUUGGAAUCACGUGAUCGCACCCUACGUCAUCGCUGCCGUGAGAAGAAUCCGCCAAUCAGCGGAAGGGACGCCCAAACCAUGGGCUGAUCCAACAGAAUGGGUGAUUGACAGUUUUCCGUGGAACGCGAGCGACAUGGGCGGUGACGUCACGUUACGCUUAAAACGAAUCACCAGCGAUGAUCUCGACUGCCCUCCAGUGCCCCCUCGUACCGAUUUAGAAUCGACACCAAAACAUAACACACUCCCACGUCCCCCAAGCCGUAACCGAUGCGCCGAAAAUUACAUCGAGAAUUAUCUAACCGAUCGGCCGGCCGAUGGGCCUGUGCUUCGCCGCCAAAAUUCAAAAAAUUCCCGAUCUGAAAGGCAGGAAGCGCCGCCUGUGCCGCCAAUGGAACUAAUCGGUUUACGGAACCAAAACACUACGAACAGCAAUGCUACAGUAUGGCAUAGGCAUAACAGUCCUGUAACAUCGCCCAGUAAAACGGUCAUUCACACUGGCGGGCGUUUGGUGCGGUAAUUUUUAACACACGCUUUUAAUUGCUUUUUAUACAAAAUCUAAAAUCUACAUGCUUGUAUACAUAGCAUUAGGCGCCAAACCUGGAGUGGCAAGGUAGGCAGUCGUACCCUUAAAUUUUCCACACCAAAUUAAUCAGGAAACAUUACAACUAAUAAGUUCGAUUUCUUUAUAAAAGUAUAUGUCUAACUACCCCUGCCUCCCCUGUGUUUUAAAAGGUUUGGCGCCUAUAAUUAAUAGUUUACGUCACUAUUCAUAGUGGGUUAAGAGUUAAAAACAGUAAGCUAUUCCUACAUACAAAUUUCCAAGCUUUUUGUUGCUUUUAGCGUGGCUGGCAAAGACAUUUCUCGAAGUUUUGGCUUCGCAUGGUGGAAUUUUAAUUUCUAUGUGUUCGCAUUUUUAUUUUACAAUUAAAAAAUUAUUUAAACAGCGAA